GAAUAUGAACACUAACCAAAGAGAAUCGUGGUCACUACCUCGGGACAUCACCACAGGUCAUCUUCACUUCGUUGGAGACAAAACGCAAAAGGCAAAAAGCAAACCGAAGGACAGACAUAAACCGACCACGAAGACGUCAAGAAAAAAGAAACCGAAAAGAGACUCGUCCAGAAGAUCCAAAGAUUCACGUUCCAGCAGCUAUGGUGGUUCUAGCAGCUCGAGAGGGUCACGUUCCAACAGCUAUGGUGGGUCUAGCAGCUCGAGAGCGUCACGUCUCAACAACUAUGAUCGUUCUGGCAGGUCGAGAGGGUCACGUUCCAACAGCUAUGGUGGGUCUAGCAGCUCGAGAGCGUCACGUCUCAACAACUAUGAUCGUUCUAGCAGGUCGAGAGGGUCACGUUCCAACAGCUAUGGUGGGUCUAGCAGGUCGACAGCGUCACGUCCCAACAACUAUGAUCGUUCUAGGUCGAGAGCGUCACGUCCCAACAACUAUGAUCGUUCUAGCAGUUCCAGAGCGUCAGUUCCCAGCAGCUACGAUGAUUAUGGGUGGACCACAUGGUCACGUGCCAGUAGCUCCGUCAAGCCGAAUCUGACAGACCAAACUGAAAACUACAGGAUCCUGGUUCACCUUAGCGAGGCAACCUUGACAACAAACUGUGGCGUAUUAGACAACCCAGACCCAUUUCGAUCCCUGACGAUUUUACAUGUAUCAUAA